GGGUCAGAAGCGGUUCCGGACAAAGGUCCACUUGGGUGUAUUCAGACUAAAACUUUGUUCCAAAUAAUCGGGUUAAACAAACUCUGGUUCACUAUAAGUGAACCAAAUAUGUCCAGUCUGAAAACACCCUGGAUUCUAGUCUAUCUAGCAUUCAUCUUGAUUUAAUAUUUUUUUUCCACUAUUUUGUUUUUUUUUAUGUUGUUUUUUAUAUUUAACAUUUUUCUUUGGUUUAAUAUUAACCUGCUAUGUUUACUAAAAUAUGAGAACUGAAACACAAUAGUAGUUGUUAAACAUAUUGCUCGUAAAUCUGACUGAGUCCAUCACAAACUCAACCCUGACUUCAUCCUCCGGCCUGCAGGGGGCGCGCGCUCCUGUGUACAAAAAGACGUCACCCAGAGGAGCCAAGAUGGCGUCGCAGUACUACCAGGAGAUGCAGGAGAGCUUCAGAAAUAACAGCAAAAGUCGGGAGUUCCCGGCUCACUCGGCGAAAGUUCACUCUGUGGCGUGGAGCUGCGACGGCAGGAGGCUAGCAUCCGGGUCUUUCGACAAAACAGCGAGUGUUUUUGUUCUGGAGAAGGACCGAUUGGUGAAGGAGAACAAUUACCGGGGUCAUGGCGACAGCGUGGAUCAGCUGUGCUGGCACCCCAACAACCCCGACCUGUUCGUCACGGCGUCCGGAGACAAAACCAUCCGCAUCUGGGACGUCCGCACCACCAAGUGCAUCGCCACCGUCAACACAAAAGGUGAGAACAUCAACAUCUGCUGGAGUCCGGACGGCCAGACCAUCGCCGUCGGGAACAAAGACGACGUGGUGACCUUCAUCGACGCCAAGACGCACCGCUCCCGAGCGGAGGAGCAGUUCAAGUUCGAGGUGAACGAGAUCUCCUGGAACAACGACAACGACAUGUUCUUCCUGACCAACGGCAACGGCUGCAUCAACAUCCUGAGUUACCCGGAGCUGAAGCCCAUCCAGUCCAUCAACGCUCACCCGUCCAACUGCAUCUGCAUCAAGUUCGACCCCACGGGGAAAUACUUCGCCACUGGGAGCGCCGACGCGCUGGUCAGCCUGUGGGACGUGGAGGAGCUGGUGUGCGUGCGCUGCUUCUCCAGGCUGGACUGGCCGGUGAGGACGCUGAGCUUCAGCCACGACGGCAAGAUGCUGGCUUCAGCGUCGGAGGAUCACUUCAUCGACAUCGCCGAGGUGGAAACAGGGGAGAAGCUGUGGGAGGUGCAGUGCGACUCCCCCACCUUCACCGUCGCCUGGCACCCCAAGAGACCCCUGCUGGCCUACGCCUGCGACGACAAGGAGGGCAAGUACGACAACAACCGCGAGGCGGGAACGGUCAAGCUGUUCGGCCUCCCCAACGACUCCUGAGGGGGGCAGCAGAGGACUCGCUGCAGUAACGUCCCGUCUCCAGCAGAGGGCGCAGCUAACUCAUUUUAUUUUGUACAAAGAACUUUAAAGCUGUAAAAUACUUGUUUUUAUAAUAAACUAUUUUCUUUUUUACUGAA